CGACAGUUGCGUCUACGUAUUACGCUAAAAUGAGUCAAUCGAAGUCGAAGACGGUUUACCAGCCCACGCUCAAACGAAAGAUUGAGCACAGGUUGCUGAUGUAUAGAGCACUCGGCUGCGUUAUUUGCGAUGGGGUCAUCGGAGAUGCGUCGAAGGCGGAUCUCAACAGUACUGAGGCGGUUUGUGGCACCUGCGGCCAUCUGUACCACACCUCAUGCCUCGCGCCCGUCCGCGAUUCGUGCGAGACGAAUGAUAACGACAUGCCGCAGUGCAUCGUCGAGGACUGUGUCGGUACAAUCAGUAACGAAGACCUCCGCGUCGUUGGCGGUAUUUGGCGCGAGUUCCCGCGGGUAAGCUCGGAUGAAUACGUCCGUCUCGUUGAGGAUCUCGACGAUAAGAAGAGGGAAAUCGCCCGUCUCCGAGACUUAGUCGAAGAGACCGAGAAACUCGUAGCCGAAAAAGACGAAGCGAUCUCCAGCUACGAGUCGAUCCUGGAGGACAGACAGUCGAAGAUAGACGAAUUGAAAUUUGAGCUGGACGAUUAUAUCGAGUCGACCAAGCCUGCGGCUAAACGAGUGGUCCUGCGAAGUGACGCCAAAGCGGACGUAUCAAAGGCCGAUGCCCUAAAGAAGGCGCUGACCACGGUAAAGCAGGCCCCGGUCGUGAAGGCAAGCGCGACGACGACGAAGACGACGGUGACGGUGGUAAAACCGAACGUGACGACGACGAAGACAACGGUGACGGUAGUAAAACCGAACGCGCCGACGGCAAAACCGGCAGUGAUGGUGGCGUCCAAGCCGAAAUUAUCGACGGCGACGUCAAGUACAAAGACGACGGCACCGGCGAAAUCAAUCGAACUCAAGACGGCUCAGAAGUCAACAGCGACGGCCGCUGCGAGCACCGACACGGGCGCUGAUAAGACGGAAGACGCGCCGAAAGAGACGCUUAGCCUGUCGUAUCAGGCAAUGGAGAAACCGGCGGAGACACAGUCAGUAACCACGAAGUCGUCGGCCGCUCCGAAGCCGGGAACUAAAAAACCCAUCUUCGACAUCGAGGCAGUGAAAGCGAGGCUACCGAAAGUAACGUUGACUAAGGCGCAGCGCAAGGACUCCGUGCCUCAGAGCGAAGCGGCAGUCGCGGAAAAAACUGCGAAGAAGCGGCACGCCGAAGCGAAAAAGCCGAAGAAGUCGAAACUCAGGAGUGAGUACACUCUAGAAGAGCUGAAGGCAAUCCGCGAAAAGGACGCGCGCCAACACCGCGAGAGACGGGCGUUGAAAAACGCAAAGGUAAGUGUCAAAGAGCUAGCAGACUGUGGUCUCGAUCAAACGUUCUUGUCUAAUUUAUUGAAAUAUGUCUCAGCUGGCCGAGAUGCGACUAAAGAACUCGCAGACGAACCAGUGAGAGGAGAGACAAGCGACAGAGAGUCCGCACCCCCUUUGCAUGGGGUGGCGGACGAGAAAACAGACGCGAUCGCGAGAGAGACGGAGGCGGACGUUCAAGACGCAUCCGAGCAAGAAGCGGACGCUCAAGACAUUUCCGAAAAAGACGCGGACGCGCCCAUAGACGAACCGAUAGCCGAGGCUACAGACACUGUCGAAGACAGCGCGGCGACCGGUGCGAACGAGACCAACGGUGAGCAGGCCUGCGAACCAACGGCCAGACCAUCCGACGAAACGACGGACAACACUUCGACCGAAGCAGCCGCCGAAAUAGCCGAUGUCUCCGGCACUUCGGAUAGUGAACCAGACUCGUCUUCUAGUUCUGGUUCGCCGUCCUCCUCCAGCUCGUCCGAUUCGGACACGUCGGGAAAUGAACGAGUUCCCAACCGCCGCCUUAGUUGCGAGAAGAAUGUCUCCAGCUGCCCUCCUACGCGACCGAACACUCCUGCUCCGGAAUUACCGAUUGAUAACGGAGACGCACCGAUGGGCGAUUUACCGAACGAACCCCGGCAAGACGAAGAACAGCCGGCGGACGUGCUCAACGAAGACGUCGACCCGAACCUCGCUCGAGAGAUUUCCGAACAACCCGUCUUGGCGCCGUUGCUGCCCAGCCCCGAGCACAUACAGGUGACUCUGUUCGAUAAGCCACCGAUUUGGCUUAAUGCGCCUGUGACUCGCCGAAACUUUAGCCAGUACGUUACAGCAAAAGGGAUCGUCUUGGACGGUUCGAUACCGGACGCGGACGCCCAAUUAUACCAACCAGUCGGAGAGCGGAUGUUUUGUUUCCCGAAAUGGGUCCGCGAUGACGUCGUCUAUUACAGCCUGAACGGAUAUUUCCCUCUGGGUGAAGCUUUGGCACACGCAAUCGUACACGAGCCGAUGCGGCACGACUCCCUAGAAGCUGCAGAAUGGCGCUGCCACCCGCUCGCAGGAAGUCGAAUUCCAGUCUUUUCCAUCCGGAAGAACUUGGAGAACGAAGUCGGUGUCGUCCCUACGAAGGUCGUACUGGCUGCGGGCCAGAAAGAUAUGGUGAAGGGACAGGUCGAGAAGACGACGACGAAGAUCACCGCCUUGUUCGGUGACCUCUACCUCCGUGGCUGUCGCCAUAUAAUAAUGUUGCCACUCAUUACGUAUCAGGGCUGUGAAACAGAGCGGUACGAAAUUAAUCGUUGGUUGGAACAAGCCAACUCCAAGUUUCCAGGAAGCUACCGGUAUGCCAGCGAACUCGUCCCUAUAAUAGAAAGUUGCCGUCCCUGGUCCAAAAAGACAGGGCUCCCUUAUUUGAAUCCUCACCAACAUUAUGAGAUUCUGGCGAAAGUCGCCGAGCUGACGAUCGAGGAAAGAAGGGUUUCGGAGUCGACGUAUCUCGCAAGAGGUCCAUUGCCAAGGAUCAACGAAAAGUCUCGGGAGGACUCGAGAAGCUGGAGAGCCGAUCAGGUCGAGAAAGAAAUGGAUAGACACAGACGCGGACGCGGAAACAGACAGGAAGGACGCGGCAGAGGCAGAGAACAGCGCGGCUGAGUAAUCGAGCUUCGGACGGCCGAAUCUAGUCGAACUUUCGGGUAUGUUUCGUAUUCCUUUUAAGUUGUAAAUUUUUUUUUUAUUUUUUAUUACCUCUAUCAUGUUUUGUAUGACCCGAAGUCGUUUUGCCUCUUUUAGGCUAAGAUGUUAUUUUCUUUUUUUGUUCGCUGUCGGUGUCGUUGUCGCUACACGCAUUUUGGCGGUCAUAUUUUUUGUUUUUUCUUCUAUUUUAUUGGGCGUAGCUGCUAUUGUUCGGUCGUAGUCGCGCUUCAAAUCAGUCGGGUUGUCGAGAAGACAGCAAUUCUUGCUUGGAAUUCAAUGUAACGAGGGUGCGGACGUUAGUCACGAAAGGACGUCUCAGUCGAUGUAAAGACGUCUCUCCUAAUAAGUCGUUUUCUCUCGGUUCGCGUCGUAUGUUUUUUUAUACCGAGUUACCUUGUGUUCCUUGUACCUUUGUUUUUUUUUAUUUUUAGUACUGUUGCCAUUUAUUUUUGUAUAAUAUGUUUUAUCAAUGGCGACUUAUGUUUUUUUUUGUAUGAAAAGACCCUAUCCGACGCUGUUUCUCGGAAGGGAUAAAAGUUUUUUUUUCUUCUUUUCCUUUGUUAUUGGUCGAUUUAGAUCUAAGAAACUUAUGUCGUAUUCUUACGAGUUUCUUGUUGUAUUUUCUUUUUGCUAUUAUUUGCCUAUGUUAGCACAACCGUUUACGUGUUUUGCCGGUUUACUAUUGUAAAUAACCUGUGGGGAUGGACGGAAAGAAAGACUUGUAAAAAGAAAUAAAGAUAUUUUUUGCAAGUACUCACCAAUUGUCGGCUUUUCUUUCCACGGACGAACUCGGAGCGAGACACGAAAGACUGGUGAACAGACGUAAGAGUGAGUGACUGGAUGCAGGAACCUCGGACGUCGAGAACACCUGAAAGGUACAAAAAGACUUCACAAAGUAAAGUGAACUCGAUGUAACGGUAAGAGUGAGUGCGAAUAAAGAUACGUCCCGUGGUCGUAAGUGCAGGUUGAACAUCCUCUGACGACUGUAAGAACGAACGGACGCAAUCUCCGGACGUCACAACCGGACGCAGACGGCAUGACAGAUGCUGGGUAACAGACGUUGAUCACAGAUGCUGGAACAGACGUUGUCGCGGAUGUAGACAGACGCUGAUGACGGACGGCACAGGAUGCGAAACCUGUAAGCAUAAAAACAUGCCGGUGAAAAAGAUGGCACAAGUGUGCAAAGACGUUAAAUUUUUCCUCCCUUUAGAUAGUAGGAAGACAUCGGCAAGAAUUCCAGUUCAGACAGUGAUCCACGGACAAGGAGAAGGACGUCCGAUCCCAGCGAAGUCGGACGCAUCCGCGUAGACAGUUACGCCGUCGGUGACUAUUUGUAUUAUUUUAUAACUUACCGUUUACUUUGUACCUUUAUUACUGAUUAAUCUUAAGCUCGCGUUCUUUGUCGUUAGAUUUAGUAAAUCUUCUGCCGGACGUGAGUAGCUAGGUAGGCC